CAAAUAGCAUUUUACCCUCUUAUUUUUCAGGCUUUAAAGCGUUCAGCACCCAGGUUCUUCAGCUACCAGUCGAUACACCAGCAAAACCCUAAUCCAUAUCCCUAUUCGAUCCUCCUCUUCGCUGUGCUCGACAACUGCAAGAAGGGUGAAAAGAGAGGUACGCGUAUCUAACAAUGGCCGACGAGGAACAUAAUGAGCUGAAGGAGGAGGUUCCAGAACUUGCCCCUUUUGAUCCAACCAAGAAAAAGAAGAAGAAGAAGGUUGUUAUUCAAGAUAUUGCUGAUGAUUCUAUGGACAAGCUGGCUGAAAAAACUGAAUCAUUGUCAGUGGCAGAUGGGGUUGAAAGUUCAUUUUCCGGAUUGAAAAAGAAAAAGAAGAAGCCUGUUGAAACAAGGCCUUUGAGUGAGGAAAUUGGGGAGGGAGAAGAAGACCUUGAUGAUCAUGACCACGAAGAUGAUGAAGCGGAAGGAGCUUCCCUGCACCAAGAGCGUUAUCCUUGGGAAAAAAGUGACCGUGAUUAUCAGUAUGAAGAGCUUCUCGGCAGGGUUUUCAACAUUCUCCGUGAGAAUAACCCAGAGCUUUCAGGAGAUAGGCGGAGGACUGUGAUGAGGCCUCCUCAGGUUCUUCGUGAAGGGACAAAGAAAACUGUGUUUGCGAAUUUCAUGGAUCUUUGCAAGAGCAUGCAUCGACAGCCGGAUCAUGUUAUGGCUUUCUUGCUUGCUGAGUUGGGUACAAGUGGGUCUCUUGAUGGCCAGCAAAGGUUGGUUGUGAAGGGCAGAUUUGCUCCCAAAAAUUUUGAAGGGAUCCUGCGGCGAUAUAUCAAUGAGUAUGUGAUUUGCCUUGGUUGCAAAAGUCCAGACACCAUACUUUCCAAGGAAAAUCGUCUUUUCUUCCUAAGAUGUGAGAAGUGUGGAUCUGGAAGGUCUGUUGCUCCAAUCAAGGCUGGUUUCGUUGCCCGAGUAGGCCGCCGAAAUGCUGGAACAUGAGGCAAGCUGUAAUUGUUUUUGUUUGAAGGGAGAGUGAGGUGGCUGUGGACUUGUUUAGAACAUCGAUGGAUGGCUUCUACUGUCAAGACUUUCAAGAAUAUGACAACGAGUAGUUUGAUUUGGUAAUGAAUGUAUUAAAAUUUUGUUUGCAAUAUUAAUCUCUUUUCACAUGACACACUUGGAUGAGCCUCUCUAAAUCUUAAAUCUAGCUGAUGUCUGUAUGAGACUAUGUCUCACAAGCAUACUUGGUGAAACAAAUAUUGUAUGGGCAUAAUAUGAUAUUAAUACGUGCAUAAUUUUAUUCGUCA